AUGAAGAAGGAUCUUUCCUUAAGAGCUGCCAAUCAAUUUAUGUCUCGAAAUAGUAUAUAUUUCUUAGGUUUCCUUAACAUUAUAAAAUUUCAACUAACCAAUAGAAUUAGCAUUAAUACGACAAAAAUCUUUGAAAGGAAAAAUAACCAUUCUAACACAUGUGAUUUGAAUUCAAAUAAAAUGGAAGUAUCUUACUUAUCCCAAUCGCUAGCACAAAAAAUCGAUAACGAAUUGAUGAGCGAAAAUGUUGGAUAUACAACAGAACAAUUAAUAGAAUUAGCAGGGCUUUCUAUAGCACAAAUAAUUUAUAAAGAAUAUAAUUUCAAUCAAUUUAAAAAAGUUCUUAUAAUUUGUGGACCAGGAAAUAAUGGAGGGGAUGGUUUAGUCACAGCACGUCAUUUGAAGCAUUUUGGUUAUGAAGUUAGAGUUGUUUAUCCAAAGGAAAAUAACAAAAUAUUAUUUAAGAAGCUUCUAAAAUUGCUGGAACAUUACCAUGUAGACGUCAUGAAGUCCACAAAAAUAGAGGAAGUAAAGAACUAUGACUUAGUUGUCGAUGCCUUAUUCGGUUUUAGCUUCAAAGGAGAACCGCGAAAUCCGUUUGACGAAAUAAUUAAAAUGAUUAACGAGAGCAAAGUACCCGUUGUCUCAGUUGAUGUACCUUCAGGCACUAACGUAGACAAUGGAAACACAACAAAUGGACUUUCUGUUAAUUCAGAAAUGAAUAUAUCGUUAAUGCUACCAAAAGAGGGAGUUCGAAAUUACAGGAAAAAGCAUUACUUGGGUGGAAGAUUCAUACCGAGUUCCAUUGUAGAGAAGUACAAUUUGAAGGUUCCACUUUUCCCAGGGGAUAGCUCAUACGUUAAGCUCUAG